AUGCUGCUGUCUCGCCUUCGCCCUCUCCCCACCUUAUCUUGCUCCUCGUCGACGGAUGACCUGCGUGAUGAUGCUGCUGCUGCUGCUGCUGCCGCCGCCGAAGAUGAAGCCGAAGACAUCUUCGCAGCUUUUCUCCCCCAUCUCUUACCCGACGAUGCACCACAGUUCCACGGCGACCCGGGCCAAUAUCUCCUCUACUCCUCGCCACGCUAUGGUGAUCUGAGCAUCCAAGUUCCGUCCUACCCCGACCAGAGCGGGAGUGCAUUCAGUAGUCCGGAACAGACUGACUCGGACUCAUCGUCGGCCAACAGCGUAGACUCAAAUUCCGACGCCAGUCAAGUAGAUGCGCGGCGGAGUUUGUUCGCUCAUAUUGUGUGGAGUGCCGGUCUGGUUGUUGCGGAGGCCGUCGAGGAUGCUCAUGCCGGUCACGAACAUGUAGACGAGAUGUGGAAGGUCGAGGGAGAGAAGGUCCUGGAACUAGGCGCUGGCGCUGCACUCCCGUCGACAGUCUCGAUCCUGGCGGGCGCGUCGGAAGUGACCAUCACAGACCAUCCCGCAUCGCCCGCGCUGCAGGGUGCAAUUGCGUUCAACCUGAAACACAACAUCCCGGCCACGCACGCAUGUGCGGUCUCCGUCCAGCCCCAUGAGUGGGGGACCCUGGCGUCCGACCCCUGGGCGGUGGCGAACCGAGGCCGGUUCACGCGCAUCAUCGCAGCCGAUUGCCUCUGGAUGGAAUUGCAGCAUAAGAACCUCGUCCAGACGAUGAAGUGGUUCCUUGCCCCCCAGGGGAGAAUUUGGCUCGUUGCGGGACUCCAUACGGGCCGGCCGAUUGCUGUGAAGUUUCUGAAGACAGCGGCGAAGAUGGGCCUGGAGGUUGACACAAUCUACGAGCGGGACCAGACCACGAGCUGGGCAGAGGGCGAUGGCGAGGUCAGACGAGAUUGGGUCGAGGUCAGGGAGGAGGAAGGGCCCGAGAACAGAGCGAGAUGGUGCAUUGUUGCUCGGUUGAAGCACGCUUGUUAG